CGAGCGAGCACACAGCGGGAAGGGCGGAAGGAAAAAAAGAAGGAAAAAAGCUCAUCUUCCGCGAGUCACUGGCAGUCUGAUCUGAGCGUGUGGCUCGCGCGCGCUGACGCUGAGGUAGUAGUGAGGUCUGUGUCGGUGUUUAUGGGGAAACGCACGGUGCGAUGAACUCUGCGAAUGCAGACGUGCGGUGGGAGUUGAUGUAUACCGCUAAUCCUUUAUCGGACGGACUCCGAAAUCGCCCAACAGCGGGCGCAUACACGAUAUCUCUUUGAUUCACUUUCGAUUCUUCUUCAGAUGCACCUUGUGAAUUCAUUCAUGAUUCUUGCCCAGACUUUUGGAUUGCUUCUGAUUCUCAAAUCCUAUUUUGGCUUCAACAAUACGCAGUAAUAGAGUCAUAGAGGCAAUGAAAUUAAUUUGUAUAAAAUAAACCCAGAAAUAGAUAGACUGGUUCAGUUUAGUCAACGGUUGUUUUAAUAGAUCUAUUUCAAGUGUGAUAUUUGGAAAAUGUAAUUAUAUUCUUUCAACAUGAAUGAUAUUCUGGCUUAUGAUUGUGUUCUCAGAUUUAAGUAAGCGCACACAAAAGACUGAAGCCUACUUAUUAUAUAGCGUAGCAAAGACUCGGUGUAAUAAGAUUAUAAGCAAAUAGAUUGAUGUUGAACAACACCACGAGUUGAGUGGCAGAGUGGUGUGCGUGUAGGUGUGCAUGUGGGUGUGUUCCUGUAUGUUUAAUGUCGGCCUCUACCUGGAUUUCCUGACUGAACCUGCAGCCUUUUGUUGAGCAAGCUGUCAAGUUGCUGGGGCCCUUUCAGCUACUCCGGUGGAUGAGUGCACUGCAUAGCCAUGAUAACUCUUCACUACCUUUGAGCGGCACAAGUACUCCGUGGAAUGGCACGAAGAGUCAAACGACACAGCCUCGAAAGAACUAGAGGACAUGCCCAUCACGCCAAAACGGCCAAUGAAAAUCCUCCUGUUGGGUUACAUGAGAAGCGGCUCCACUUUCUGCGGCGACAUCCUGCAGGCCAAUCCUGAUGUUUUCUAUGUGUAUGAGCCGAUUCUGUACACCUGGGACCAUUAUAUGCCUGGACACACUAAUCCAUCCGUACGAAGAAUAAAGGCAAGCUUCUCUAAAACCAGAUCCUACAUUCCUGAGCCUCUUGAGUUUCUUGACUACAUGUAUAGGUGCAAUCUGACAGCCGAAAAUGUGGGUUUCCUCACAAAUGUGAAAAAUAGUCACGCAUUUGCCUCAGAGAAAUGCUCUGGAAAUUCUACUUUGUACAAUGCUAUACACGAAGCUAAUGUAGGCCCUUGCAGUGAACUGGUGCUUAAGAGGUGCAAAGCUGCAAAGUCAAUUCUUCUCAAAGUGGUGAGGCUUUCAAUGAGAGAAGCAGAUAAGUUCCUGGAGAAAGACCCUGAAUUGAAAGUCAUUCACCUUGUGCGAGAUCCAAGAGGAACGUUGCUAUCUCGCAUGCACUUUACUUCCAAACUUACCGGAGAGAUGCAUAAAAACUACACAAAUAUUUGUCGUCGUAUCUUGGAUGACAUACAAGUUUCUAAAAUAAUUUCAGGGAAACAUUUCGGUCGAAUACUCACUGUGAGAUAUGAGGACCUAGCACAAGAACCCUUCGUAUUUUUCCGCAAAAUGUACAGCUUUCUUGGAUUAAAGUAUACACCCUCUGUGGAGCAGUAUAUUCAAAAGAGAACAAGCAUUGAAGGACUUUCAGCAUAUGGGAAACCUUUAAUAAAAUCAACAUUCAGGAAAGAUCCUUUCAAGACAGCUUAUCAAUGGAGGCAAGAGUUGCCCUUUCAACUUGUGAAAAAAAUUGACCACGCCUGCAAAGGAGUCUAUCUUUCCAUGGGUUAUCGCACAUUUUCAAAUGAAGAGGAUUUAAGAGAUAUGAGUAUUUCAGCGAAAGAUGCCACAUAUGGUAAAGGAAGAAUGACCCUCCGAUUAGUUUGAACAGGUUUAAAAGCAAUCAAGACUGUCUGAGUAUCUCAUUCAUUGACCAUUUCACUGGACUUCACUGAGAUGUGGACCAGAGAGUGUUUCCCAGAACUUGUUCAGUGUUUUUAGGUAGUUUUGUAUUUUUAGAUAAAUAAUCUUAUAUCUUUUGUGACAUUUUUACAAUAAAGCCAAGCAGAAAAGACAGUCCCACAAACAAGGUAAGGGUUUACAAUCAGUCUCAAAGCUUUGAUAAUCCUCAGCGUUGUACAGAAAAACAGGAACCUGCUUCCGUUCUCUCUUGUGGAGGGCCAAUGAGAUGUUUGUCAAAGUUUUCUAUCUGACUGGUUGUCAUGAUUGUAAUUGCUGUACAAUUUAAAUUGUGACUUUCUUUGAUUCUGAAGAGUGAUGACGAGACCCUCAGGAAUUGGUUUGUUGUUUAAUUGAAUCCAGUGUGAACUUACUGAAGGUCCAUACAUCACUUUUCGAUUGCUUAAGGGAAGGUGCUACAAAAAUUGGGCUCUUGAUUAGAUUUGCCAUAAUAUGUGUAACGUUUGCUGCUAUAGCUGUUUUCGGUGUAAUUGAGGGUAAUAAACAGGAAUUUGAAGGGAUAUAACUAUCAUUCCUGGGUUUCCGAGAGGAAUAUUAUGUGAAGGUUGGUUUUCUUUCACACUAUUUUUACGGAUUACGUGAACUGUCUCGUUUCGUAAGAUUUUAGUACUAAAAAUACGAGGGCUUCCACAUUUUUCUUCUAAUAUGUUUCAAAUUUCGCAUGAUGCCCUUACAGCCAUAUUGCAACAUUUUAUUAACAUCAUAUAAGCAUAGUCUUUUUAGUACUUUGAGGGUAGUUAUUUUUUAUAACCCGCCCUCUAAAACUUUCUCGAUUUUCCGAUACAGCGCACAAAAUAAGCCUAUAAAACAAAACUGAUCGAAAUAUUAUUACGCAAUUUUCUUAUUGAUAAAAAUUUGAACUGCGAUAGCCGAUAAUUGACCAAAUAACGAAAAAAUUGCUUGAAAAACAGAAAAGGCUUUUUUUAAUGUCCUAAAUUUGUAGGUAACCGUUACAAAAUAUACAUCUCACUUGUCGAUGAAUGAUAUUUUCAUCAUAUUUAAACAUCUAAACAUGUCCUAUGAACAGGCUGAACACAGUGAUAGCACCAGAAAUUGUGUACCUGGAGAAUCCAAAGAGAUGGAAAUUUGAGUAGCACCUUCCCUUAAUUUAAAGGGCCAAAUCUAUGUCCAUGUUCUUUGUUGCAAGUGUUUAUGAUAAUAAGCACGUGUGAUUUAAGGGACUCGUAACGAAAUCGACUCUUUGAACCCUAGAAGAAGUGAGCAUUCAUGCUCAAAAGAAGAGCACGAAAAGUUUUCAUAUCUGUAUUAGUAUUAUCUAUAUUCUUAGGUAGACUUUCUUGUAUAAGACCUCCGAGAUGUUCCAUACAUAAUCAACUAUUACUGUUGUUUGGUGCACACCCUUUUCUAUUUCUCUACAGCAUUCAACAUAUCUUAGUUCCUUGACUGUUUCUCUGUUCUUGUCAUUUUCCAUUUGAAAUGUACUUUUCAUCCCUUCCAGAAUACAUGUAAUUUGAUACACAAUUGUAGAAGGCUGUUUUUUUAACAUGCCUAUGAAAGCCAACCCACGCUAUUUAGGAUAACUUCUAAUAAAGUGAAGGUAUGCGAUAAAAUACCCUUCUGAAAUGGGGAUCAAACGUUUGUGUUUUCGGGAGCCUAAACCUUUACAUCAUAGAUACCUUUAGUGAGACAGAUUAUAAUUAUAACGAUUGACCUGCUAUUGUAAUACAAACAAACCUCGGCUCUGACCAACGCCUUUUAAUUAUUCCUGAACUUUGUUUGAAAUAGCCUUGAAUUUCUUGUCUCUUUUCCUGAAUUUCAAAAAAAAAUUUAAUUGUCUUAGUUACAAUGUCCUAGUCAUACGUCAACAUGAUAAUUAAUGUGUUAUAUGAGGUACAGUUUUUAAAUCUGUUAUUUCCCCUAUUAUGGCUACGUUUGUUUGGAUAUGUGUGUAUUUUUCUCUUUAUAAUUUAUAUCUUAAGGACAAGCUCGUGGUUAAUUGAGGUUAAACAUGUGAUGUGUUUGAAUUCACAGUCUUGUUAUUGUUUAAAUCAUUGUGUAAAAUCCAUUCACGUUGAAAUGGGCCACACAGCAUUCCACUCUUUUCACUAAAGAGGAUACAUAACCUAAAUAUCCUAACUCAGCGUAUGUGUGAUGAUAGCACAGAGGUGUUUGUGUUUAUUUUCUUAAAACAUAAUCAUUUAAAAGUGCCACAGUAUUUAAUCUUUCUUGUUUGCCAUACGUAAUCUGCAGUGUUUAAAUGAAGAACCAGCUUUGUUGCAUAUUCCAGUCACCGAAACACAGCUUAUCUUACAUUGUGCGGUUAUUCCUGGAUUUUACUUUAGUUUUGAGUCAUCAUUUACGGAACUAACAUUUUCCCCCAUCACAGAGCCUAUUAAGAUAAACCUUUCUAACUAUGGAAAAAUGAACGUAUAGUCUUACAUGUGAUUGACAAAAUUGAAGUAACACUUGUGGUUACAUAAAACUGUGACACGUUUUGACACCUUGUGCUUUUUCUUGCAAAAUGGUGCGGAUAAAUUGUAGUCAAUGCAUUUAUUGAGAAAGCAGUAUAUAUUUGCCAACAUUGUAAACAUUUUGGUUUUUUCUUUUCUUUAUAUUUAUUAUGUAUGUAUGACUUUAAUGUCUUGGUAGACGAUCUUACAGCAGUAUACAUACAUGAUACAGUUUUGUCGAGGUGGGAGAUAUAGAGGCAGUAUUACUUCCUUUCCUUUAGAUCUUGACAUCAAAGAAGAGACGAAGUCAAUUUAUUUGGUAUCAGGUAAAGUGCCAGGGUGUGUCGUAUCAUUUUGCUGGUGUGAUAGGGAUAUAUGUUGUUGUUGGGAUGUUAUUGUUGUUUUGAUUUUGUUUGUUUUUGUUUUGUUGUUGUUGUUGUUGUUUUGGUGGGGGGGGGGGGUUGGGGGGGUGUAGGCCUAAUGGUAGGGAAUUUUUUAAAGUUUCGACCUCGUGGCGUUCUAAAGUCUAACUCAUCUGCAAUUUUCAACUACCAACAGAUCUUUAACGUACGCAAUGUGUACAUGAGACCUCUGAGAUUUUUCUUCCUUAUCUGAGAAGACGAUGUGCUUGGUUAUAAUUACCUUCAGGAUGAGGAGAAAAAAGGAGACUGAGUGAUAGUAAGAGAGGUUUCUAAUGGGGGUUUUAUUUCGUGUAAAGUAAAUGGUUUUCUUUAUCUUCCAACUGGUUUUUGUGUUGUUUGUUUUGAUUUGUGUCAUAUUAGGACACUUAAAGAGACCUUUGAUGACGAAUAAAUACAUGAUGCUUCCUGAGUACCCUUGCUUGUCCUAUUAGGCGGGGUUUUUUCUGAAAUGCGUUGCACCCAUAUUCUGUGCAUUUCAUAUUAAGUUCGAGAUUUGUUUCUAAGGUUCUGACAGAAGAAAUUAACAAGUAGGUCGUCACCAUAUUGGCAAGAAAAAUUGUUCAGAUUAACCAUGUUUUCUUGAUUUUUUUAAAGCAAGGAAUGUUUGUACAAACAUUCUGGAUUGAGACAUUACUUUGACUAGUCAGAUUUUAAAGUUACACAUGUUUGAGCUUGAGGACUUCCAAUGCACCAAGAUCGACUUAUUGUUCUUUAUAAUUUAUCUUCAGUAUCUUGGGACAUUUUUGUAUCUUUUCCUUUUGAUUCCAUAGUUUUUAACCAAAGAAGGAUUUGAAGAGAGCUUUAAACAUGAAACCCACAAAAGCAAACGGUGUGUGCAAUUGUUUCAAAGUUUUUAGAACCCCCUGCAUGAACUUUGUGGCGUACAGUAUACGUAUGCUUUCAUUUUUUAAAUAUUAAAUUCAGCCUUUUGCACACGUUUUGGAGCUUCUUGAGCUCAGUGGGUGUACAAACAUGGCCAUGUACAGCAUGCUCUCUUUAAAAAAAAAAUUAGAUCCAGUCUUUUGUAGCCAUUUUGGAACUUCUUCUUGCUGUGUUGUUUAUGUUCAGUAAAUCUUUUCGGUAGUUUCUCAUUUUAAAGAGCUGUUUUUAGAUAUAAUGUGUUAUGGGUCUCAUUAAACCUUCAAUGCUUAUGAACCUUUUGUUUUUUAUAAUAUACCAUUAAAGCAUUAACAACGACAGAAACUACCAUAAAAAUUUGUGUUCUUCUUGCAAAAGAUAUUUUUAAUUGUAGAUAUUGUUUCGUGCCAGUAUAAAUAUUGAUAAUAAUUUUUUAAAGUAUUUUGUAGGGAAGGGGGCGGUUAGGAGAGACCUAUGUGUGCCUUCUGGUAUUAUUUGUUUUCUCAAGACACCUUGUGAACAAAAUUUGUAUAAAAUGUGUAUGAAAGUGAAAAAAACAAAUAAUUUAUAUAUCUUUUUUCUUAAACGCUGUAUAUUGCUUAUACAAUUCUGUUGUGGCUAUUGUGUAGCUUAUAUUGCGGUGAGUUUGCUUUAUGUUUUUUGCUUCUGUACACUCUUUUGUAGAUUUUUAAAAAACCAUGUAAUAUAUUUCAAUAUGGGCAUGCUAUAUCACAUUCCUGGCUUUUUUUUGUCCCUUACCUCUAUCCUCACAUUUCACUGGUAAAUAUUCUUAGCGUAAUAAUUCAAAGAUGCUUUUGAGAUAAGCGACUAUUUUCUUUCUUUUCUUUCUUUUUUUUUUUUUUUUUUUUUUUUGAACCACGGCUUGUUACUGUGAAUGUGUAGAUUCUGCGUCCAGCAUUUUCAAGAUUAUUACCCAUGAUGAACUUCUCAACCAUCAGUGACAUCUCUUUGCUGAUACGUUCGGUCAAUUGCGUCCCAAAAAUUUAGCAAAGUCGUUGGUACAUUAGAUGGUCUCAUGGCGUCAGAUUCAAAGUUGAAAAGCAUAAACAAAGGGGACAUUUUUGUGUGGGCAGUUUAUUUAUUAUUAUGAUAACUUUGCUAAAACUGAUUGUAAUUUAUGCCUUAGCUUUUUAGUACUGAUAAAGAUUGCUGUUACCGAAAAAAAAUAUCUUGGCUGACUUUUUCUUGUCUUCCACCUACUCGUGUGUCAUUUUAACUGACAACAACCAUCGUGCUCUCCAACAGAACUGCUGAAAAAUAGUGGUGCCAUUCUAUGCAAGUAGGGCUAAGGCAUUGAUCUAAUGCGGGUAUACCAAGCAGUUCAGGAUUCUUGGGUGUCACCUUAAGCGUGUUUAUGUGGAAGGCUGGAAAAGGAUGGGCGGGGGGGGGGGGGGGAUAGUGUGUGUUCCAACUCAAUCGUCAUCAUCCAAGCAGGCGUCCGUUGAAGGACGAUCGGUAGGUUUUGGAGAUUGGGCGUGGUUUGUAUGUGUGUGGGGGGGGGGGGGUGUUCGUUUUGGGUAGACAGUGAAUGACAAAAGACUAGCAGUGAAAAACUGUACAUAAACUGGCAGGAGGCAACGGGAAACCAUUGCUGUGUCCGGAGAAAAGUCAUGAAAAGCCACUCUUGUUUUCAGCUGUGAAUGCAAGGCAAUUUCCAAGACAGUAAAAAUGAAAUAAAAGCAAUAAAACUGUGGUUUCUUAUGAUACGAACAUUUCUCGGAAGAAAAAUAAACCACAUAAUGAAGUACUUUAAAAAGCCUACACGGGCCUCUAAUUGAUGAAACAAUUAGGAAAUAACAAAUGCCGUUCUGGGACACUUGAAUCGACAUAAGGGUUUUGAGCAUCUUGCCUUCACUGGAAACACAGAGGGCAAAUAAGGCAGAGGUAGACCCUGAGUAACCUACUAAAAAGCCUCAACGUUUGUUGCAGAUGGGUGAAGGAAAGGGGUCAGGGUAAUUUGUUCAUAGCAUUCGAUCAAAGAAAUGCAUGACGAACCAUGGUCGCCGAUGUCUAUCGCAGAUGGUACUCUAGAUAUAUUUUCUUCUUUUUUUUUCUUUUUUUGGGGGGAUGGGGGGGGGGGGAUUCCAUUACUUGCCAUGCUAUUUCCCACUGAUACGCCCCGGAGUGUAAGGCAUUCUUGUUUUUGUAAGUCGUUCUCAUUUCCAUAAAGUUGCAGAUUAAAAUAAACCACCAAAUCAAAAUAUUUUAAUAUACUCCAAAUGCUGACUCUAUUCAAUAAAGUUUCAAACAGAUGAGCUUGUCUUCCAGUACGUCUACUUCAAAAUCCGAACUGUUUGUUCAGUGUUGUUUUCGUUUUAUUAUUUAUUGUUUUCACUUGACCUUUCCCCUUUUGCAGAGAUGUGCUAGUUAUUUGUUUUAAAGUGCCUACCAUCCGAAUAUGCUGUGCCCUUGUUUAACAUGUAAACAGUUUGCAAUUGUGUGUUAUAUUUGACACCAUUUUCUCCGCACAGUUUUCAAGACAGGCUAUUGGUUCAACGGUAUAAAUGGGUCUCGGUUUUAACUAGGCUACUCUAAAGUGUCAAUGCAAAAUUGUUUUUAAAUCUAGAAACGUUCAUGUCUUUUGUACUGUGUAUAGUUUAAACUAUCAAUAUGCCAAAAGCCUUUGGAGUAAUCAUGUUUUGUACAUUUGUACUUCAUGAAACAUACCAUAAACAACUCAUUGAAUGGCAUGUUCUUGCCCGAUCUAUGUUUUUAAACCCGUUUUAUGAUACCGUGUUUGGGUGAGCAUUUGGGGGGGGGGGGGCAGUCUUUGUAAUACUCCUUAUAAGUGUAAGUAAAAAUCUAUAAAUGGGAUAGAGGGGUACAAAUAAUUAGCACUGCUUGCUGUUUUGGAAAAGAGAAUAUACUUACAUUGUUUACUCGACCAGCUUGCCAUUGUCGAGAAGUCCAUUGUAUCCCCUGAACAAGAUUUUGUCCCUCUAACAAGGUGCCAUGAAGGAGCAUAUUUUCUUAAAUUAUGUCUAAUACUUAAUUUGUUAACAUUCCACUGAACAAGUGUAUGUAUAAGAGCCAUUGAUUGAGCUCAGGCUAAACAAUAGUAUGCCCCAAGCAAUACGUAUUUAAGAUUUAUAUAAUUUUUUUUUAAACUUAAAAUAGCACUCACCACUUAGAUCGAUAGUUCAUGUGUUACGUACCAAUUGACACAUGUAUAUUAGAUCAUUAGGAAUGCUACCUCGGCCCUGCUCAUCAUACCCAAAUCAGGCAGAGCGGUAUAUUAUGUGACGGCUAUGAAAAUGGAGUUCCUGUAUAGGAUAGACUUCCUGAUAUGGAAAUCAGACUUUCGUCUUUACGGUGCUGUGCCGAAGAGCCUAACCAUUACACCAUACCGAAACAAAUAAUUAAUGCUCUUUAACAUUGGCUAUGACUUAUUAUGUUUAAAAAAAACUCGUCUAGUUGUACUGGGAUUGAUUUGUACGUUUGCAUGACCCUGACACAAUGCGUCACAUAUUAUGUGUGCGUGUGCGCGUGCGUGCGUGUGUGUGUGUGUGUGUGUGUGUGUGUGUGUGUGUGUGUGUGUGUUUGUGUGUGUGUGUGUGUUUGCGUCUGUGUCGGUGUUUGUCUGUGUAAGUGUGUGUGUCAGUAAUUAUUGAGUAAACAAAUAUGAUGGCUGCUUUAUAGAAUGUUUCAGAGAAAUAACAGUCAAGGAACUAAAUUAAACUAUACAAGAAAACAUGAUGCAACAAAUAAAAAAGAGCUACAACAAAA